UGCAGAAAUUACGUGAUGGAUACCUUCCUAUUCACCUCGGAGUCUGUGAACGAGGGACAUCCUGACAAGCUCUGUGAUCAGAUCUCCGACGCCGUCCUCGAUGCCUGCUUGGCACAGGACCCUGAAAGCAAGGUAGCAUGUGAGACCUGCACCAAGACCAACAUGGUCAUGGUCUUUGGCGAGAUCACUACCAAAGCCAACGUUGACUACGAGAAGAUCGUGCGUGACACCUGCCGUGGCAUCGGUUUCACAUCUGAUGAUGUGGGUCUCGAUGCUGACAACUGCAAAGUGCUAGUUAACAUUGAGCAACAAAGCCCUGAUAUUGCCCAAGGUGUUCACAGCCAUCUCACUAAGCGCCCUGAGGAAAUUGGUGCUGGUGAUCAGGGCCAUAUGUUUGGCUAUGCCACUGACGAGACUCCGGAAUUGAUGCCUCUGAGCCAUGUUUUGGCAACCAAGCUUGGUGCUCGCCUCACUGAAGUACGCAAAAAUGGAACUUGCCCUUGGCUCAGGCCUGAUGGCAAGACUCAAGUCACGGUUGAGUAUUACAACGAUAAGGGUGCCAUGGUGCCUGUUCGUGUGCACACUGUGCUCAUCUCCACUCAGCAUGAUGAGACUGUGACUAAUGACAAGAUUGCCGCUGAUUUGAAGGAGCAUGUCAUCAAGCCGGUUAUUCCUGAGAAGUACCUUGAUGAGAAGACCAUUUUCCACCUUAACCCAUCUGGCCGUUUUGUCAUUGGAGGUCCCCAUGGCGAUGCCGGUCUCACUGGUCGCAAGAUCGUUGUUGAUACUUAUGGAGGAUGGGGCGCUCAUGGUGGUGGUGCUUUCUCUGGGAAGGACCCUACCAAGGUGGAUAGAAGCGGUGCUUACAUUGUCAGGCAGGCUGCAAAGAGCAUUGUUGCUGAUGGACUUGCUAGGAGGUGUGUUGUGCAGGUUUCCUACGCCAUUGGUGUGCCUGAGCCUUUAUCUGUAUUUGUGGACACAUAUGGUACUGGAAAGAUACCAGAUAGGAAAAUUCUGAAGAUUGUGAAGGAGAACUUUGAUUUCAGACCUGGAAUGAUUGCUAUCAAUCUUGAUCUUAAGAGGGGGGGCAAUGGCAGGUUUUUGAAGACUGCUGCCUAUGGGCAUUUUGGCCGGGAUGACCCAGACUUCGCUUGGGAGGUUGUCAAGCCACUCAAGUGGGAGAAUAUCCAGGCAUAAUUGGACCUUCUUCAG